AUUAUUUCUACGCUGAGUGUCAGGCCAACUCAAGCGGAUUUAGUUCAGUUCAGCUCAGUUGCAAUUGGUAUUUUCAAAAUGCGCAAAUUGCAGAUUCAAGUGAUGACCCGCGACGGUCAAAAGAACAUCUAUGAGACGGAUCGCUUGCAGAAUGUGGCUGACUUGAAGAAGCACAUUGGCCGCAACAUGAACGUGCCGAUGGGAUUCAGUAAGCUGACAUAUAAGGGCCGAUUGCUCACCAACGACUGCAUCCUCGAGGAUGAGGGGGUGAAGAGCAUGUCUACCCUGGAGUUAUGCUGGCAGCCGUUGGUUCUGACGCCCCAGCAGUAUAGCCAGAAGGAGCUGGAGCUGGACAUGCUGGAACAGACAGGCAAGAAGAAUGGCCACGACCGCAUACCCAGUGGUGUCCGUUGCGAACGUGACCAUGUGCGGGUCAAGCCGUCGCUUUGCUUGGGUGAGGUCAAUCUAACCAAUAGCACCUUGGGUCAGCAGUCGGACAGGCAGAAAGACGAGGAAUGCAUACCGGUUGAUCUCAGCUCAUCAUCCUCAGAUGAGGUGGACUUCCCGACCUAUUGGUGCUGCACCAAGAGUGCCGUGAAGCAAAGUGGCAAGACCCUUGAUAUUAAUGCGCUGCAGUGCGUCGACGCCGAUGCUGAUGUCGGUGUCGAUGCGAAUCAAAGAGAGGAUGUUCAAAAACUGAAUGAUUGUUGCAUCUGUGACCCGAAUAAUUCGGGCAACUUGCCCAGAAAUGCUGAUUUGAUGCAUGAUAUAUUUUUAUUUUAAUUUUUUGUUUUGAUUCGAAUCACAAAAUUGCAUUCUGUAAUCUGCAAAAUUAAGUAAUUAAAGGAAUUGCAUUUCUUUUCAAUGAAUUCCAAAUUCUCGUUAUGCCCAUAAUAAAUAUUAACCCGAUAUAUA